GAUAAUUCCGGAAAAUUCAAAUAAAUUCAUCGGCGUUUCUUCCCGUCCCGUCGCUCGUGACCUGAUAGUUCUUAACCGUGUAACGAUGGCCUCAUUCAUUGCAAAGCAUUUAGGACGAAUCGCAGCUCGUGAAUUUCGUGUUUUGAACCCUUCCCAUCGAGGAUAUCCACCUCCGAGUUUGCGCUGAUCACUGAGGACAUUGAUCUUAGGUGGUGAAGUUAACAUUUGAGAAGCCAAAUGCCUACCUAUGGGGUGCAGAGCCACUUGUUUUGCCACUAAUAUAUUUUGUUUGAAGGUUGAAUUUCACUAUUAUGCAACCUUCUGAUAGUGAAGGAUAAAGUUUCUCUGGUAGAUCAUUUGAUUCAGAUGACCUUAAGUCCUUCUAUGGCUACAAAUCUCUUUCUUUCACCCCACUUCAUAUGAGAGAAAUAGCCAUGGGUCGCAAGAAGCUCCCGAUGAAGAAAAUUGAUGAUCAUUCGGGUCGUGUGAUACGGUACUCAAAGCGUAGAGAUGGGAUGGUCAAGAAGGCCUCUGAAUUGUCAAUCUUAUGUGAUGCAGAUAUUGGCCUGUUGAUGUUUUCUCCUACUGGUAGAUUAACCAGUUUUGCUAGCAAUGGAAGGAUUGAGGAUCUCUUUCUUCGUUACAUUGGGUGUCCUACUGAUUUACGAGGAGGAUGUGUUGAAAAUGAAGAGUAUUUGAUCCAGAGGCUCAUGCAUUUGAACUGUGAAGACAAAAUUCUGGACAAGAUAUCGAAGAUGAAGGAUCUUGAAGAAGAGCUACAAGAGCUAAACCAGCAAAAACUCAAGGCACAAGAAAAGAUGAGGUCUUAUAAUCUGGAUGCAGAUAGCAUCACCUCAUUUCAUGAUGUCCAGGCACUCAAGCAAACCCUUGUUAAGGCUAUUCAACGUGUAGAACAACUAAAAGAAAAAUUGCUCAAUGCUGCCGAAGCUCCACAAGAGCAUGAGACUAUUAAGGUACUGCACAACAAUGUCAAAUAUGCAGAUAUAGGUGUUGCAAAUGCUAGCAGUUUGAGGAAUUCAUCGAGAGUUGAAGUUCGGAAUGAAGAUGCAUCCCCGCUGAUUGGUCCUCACUUAAGCAUUGACUUCUUAAAAGAACAAAAGCACUGGAACCUCCAAAGUUGGGGCUACACAUCAAUGACUUAACAUCUAAAAGCCCAAGUGCUCCUGCGGGACUUUUAUGCUGAAGAUACCUGUAGAAAGAAAAGACUGAAGGAAGGCCUGUGACUUCUUUAGUAAUUUGCUAUGAAAAACCGAAUAUGUUGUUAUAUGGAAAUUGCUACUGCCUACCUGAGUUUAUGUAAACCUUGCCUUUGUCAUAUAUUGUGAAGAAUUUUAGUUUUUUCA